UCUCUCUCCCUCUUCCGCUCUGCCCGAAAUCCCCCUCCUUCCCCCACGUCCUCCACUCUGACGGUUUCGCCCAAACAUCUCAGCCGCCAUUAGCUUGGAAGGCAACACGGGAUCGUGGAUAACAGAGGAAGCAUUUAGUAAAUACCGGAUUUAUCUCCAAUCGGCCUUAAUUUGGGAUUCACGGGAGCUCAGGAUUUAACGAGCAGUUUUUCCGUUUGGCAAGAUUUAGCUUAAACCCUGCUUAAAACCGGCUACCAAAUGGCCCAUUCAUUCCCUUGCCGCUCGCUCGCCAUGGUGUCUCACCAUCUUUUCGCCGCCGUCUAAAUGGCUGUUCGCCACCGUCUCACCGUGGACCGCUAUUGCAGGUUAAAAAAUGUCAUUUGGAACUCGCUGUCUAGAUUCCUUUCGUCCUAGUUGCUCAAUAGUUUCUCUUCCGUUUGAAAAGGAACCAUCUAGUGCUGCGUGGAAUCCCUUAUCGAAUGAGACCUCGUUGACUGGCUCAAUGGCUGACUUCUUGGUUACCCAACGAUAUCAACCAAACACACGCCAUAGUUAUAUCGCCAAUUCUGCGCUAAAUAGCUCUGGAAACACCGUAAGCUCUCCAAAUUGGGCAGAUAAUGAACAUUUUAUGCUAGAUGUAGGCAUGCCUGCAUCAUCAUGUAUUUCGACUUCAACCAAUCGGAAUAUGAAUCCUUUGAUUCUCGGCUCUGACAUGAUUGCAAAUUCGAGGUCUUCUUUUCCUUCUUCGAACGUGCAGGGUCAAUUUCAGUUUUUAAAUACAUCAGGUUGCCUUUCUCGUUCGCAAUGCAGGCCUCCUAUGGGAGGAACACAAACCCCAUUCCAUUUAUCUAAUAAACCUUAUUGGGAUUCAAAUCCAUUCCUGUCAUGUCAAAAGGAAGGACAUUACGUUGGAAACAAACUAUUUUCUUCUCCGUACAAGAAAGAAGACCUUUCAAAUGUUCCUAUUAACAUGUCAAGUCAGAACAGGACUUGGAUGCCUUUGCCUCAGACACAGCAGAAUGGGAUGCAGUCUCCCUUGCCUGCUAAGGAUCUUCAAUCUAAUAGGCUUGCUGCUAAUUGUGAAUCUAACCCAAUGAGAAGGGAAGUUGUGAAGCUUCAAUCUCUUUUGUAUCUAUGUAAUCAUGCAUUUGGUUGUGUGGAUGGUUGCAAUCGCGUUGGUUGUAAGUACAUGAAAAUGUUAUAUAACCACUGUUGUAAUUGUCGCAACAAUCUAUGUGAACAAUCGUGUGCUGGAUACAAGAUGUAUUUUAAACAUUAUGAAGAAUGCUGUAGUAGUGAUUGCCUUAUAUGCCCUCCAGCUAAAGUAAGGCCAGGUGAUUUUCAGGGGCUCAAUUCAGGAAGCACAAAGGUCAGAACUAGUAUUGUUACAUCAGAUUAUGAUCAGCAAUCUAUAAAACCUGCGAUGAAAUGUCAGGAACCGUCUCCUUCUACAAGCUUUGCUUCAGAAUUGACAGAUAUUGAACAUGCUACACAAACACAUUUUUCACAAAGCCAAAAAGUUGAAACCUUAAAUUCUAUUUUUGAGUAUACGAGAAUGGAAAUUAAUCAAUCCAAAACCCUCUCAAUGGCAAAUAAAGGGAAGCUUUUUGAGGCUGAAGUUAAAAAUCUGAAUUUUGCUUGCAACCUUUUGCAAGAGACCAAAACCGAUGGUUCAGAUAAUGUUAUUGUUGAAGGCAGACUGCAAAAUAUGCAAACACCUUGCUCUCUUCCUUGCAAAGUGGAAAAUUUUGAAGAAUUGUCAUUUCCUGAGAGUACCAAUCCAUCUUCCCAGGAAGCUAUCUAUGAAAGAAAAAAAUUGAUAACAUCUGAGGACUCUGUAGUUGAGGGAAUUGGACUGAAAAGGAAACUAUCUGGAAGUCAUGAUUCCAAUGAAGGCUUAACUCCACUUGUGCCUCACGUACAAUGUGAAGUACUGGAAGCAUCUUUAAAUUCUAUAGAUGAGACUUUGAAGGGUGAACACAAUUGUUCUGAAAGUAUUUUAAGUGCAAGUAAAAUGAAAUAUCCUGAGCCCAAAUUUGUUGGUUUGAGCUGUGCUAUGGAAGUCCAGCAAAGUGUUAAUCCUGUUUAUGCAGAAGGGAUUGCUACACAAAGUGAACCACACAUCAUGCAAAAAUGUUGUGAAGCUGAGGCGGAGGCUAGCCAUGAUACUACUUGUUCUUUAGGAGGUCCAGAGUUGAGAAAGGAAACAGAAAGGGCUAUUUCUUUACCUAAUUUGUUUCCACCCGAGGAACUAAGGGUGCAUAUCAGUAAUCUCAGGCAAUCCAUCAAUCCGGUUAAAUCAACAACACAGAAGAUGAAUGGGCCUGAAACACAGAUAAGUAAUCCUUGUAGUUUGUGUGGAAUGGACAAGCUGUUUUUUCAACCUCCUAUAAGAUAUUGUUCAGCAUGUAUGAAGAAAAUCAAUCCUCGCGGGAUUUACUAUUGUCUGAAAGACACUGACACUUCUGCUGGUGCACUGAAGUCAUUUUGUAAUUCAUGCUAUGCUGCUUCUAGAGAAAAGAUCAAAUUUGCUAAACAAUACAUUCUAAAAGCACAUCUAGAACAGAGAACCAACUAUGCUGAAACUGAUGGCACAUCUGAAAAACUUGUGCAGUGUCAGAAAUGUAAAGAGUGGCUGCAUGAAAUUUGUGCCCUUUUUAAUGGAAAGUUGGAUAAAGUAAACUCUAGCAAAGUUGAAUUCGUCUGCCCAAUCUGCUGCCUAAGAGAUAUAGAAAAUGGUGUACGUGAACCUCUAUUGCGGCGGCUGGUUGUUGGAGCAAAGGAACUUCCCAGAACUAAGCUGAGUGAUCAUAUAGAAGAAUGGCUUUUCAUGCGUCUUAGAGACGAGAGACAAGAACGGGCAAAAAAAUUGGGAAAGAACAUUAAUGAGGUUCCCACCGCUGAAGAUCUCGUCGUGAGAUUAGUAUCAUCAGUUGACACAAAAUUUGAAGUAAAACAAUGUUUUCGUGAGAUCUUUAAAGAAGAUAACUAUCCCGUUGAAUUUGCUUACAAAUCAAAGGCAGUCAUGUUGUUUCAGGUGAUUGAAGGUGCUGAUGUACUCCUUUUUGCCAUGUAUGUCCAAGAAUAUGGUUCAGAGUGCUCAGAACCAAAUAGAAGACAUGUCUGUAUCUCAUAUAUCGACUCAGUCAAAUACUUCAGGCCUGAAGUAAGGGCUGUGUCAGGGGAAGCUCUGCGGACUUUUGUUUAUCAUGAACUCUUGAUAGGGUAUCUUGAUUAUUGUAAGAGAAGAGGUUUUACAAGCUGCUACAUAUGGGCUUGCCCACCUUCGAAGGAUGAUAAUUACAUUUUGUAUUGUCAUCCUAUGAGUCAAAAGAUUCCAAAAUCUGACAAACUGCGAGAGUGGUACCAGAAAAUGAUAAGGAAGGCUUCAAAGGGAAAGAUUGUCAUGGAGAACACUAAUCUUUAUGACCAUUUCUUUGUACAGACAAGAGAAUCCAUAGUCAAUAUAACAGCAGCUCGCUUGCCUUACUUCGAUAGAGAUUACUGGCCGGGAGAGGCAGAGAAUUUAAUCCAGAGUUACAAUGAAAAGAGGCCUCAAAAGAAGGCCAAGGCAGCUAUUGAAAGAGCAUUAAGGGCAGCUAAACGCGAUGCUUCUUCGAUAGAAAAUGAAAAGGACGUGCUGCUAAUGAACAAUCUUGGAAGUACUAUUCGACCGAUGAAGGAAGAUUUUAUUAUCCUUUUUCUGCAUCAUACAUGUGGGCAUUGUUGCCAACCUAUUAUAUCUGGAGGGUGUUGGGUUUGCAACAUGUGUAAGAACUUUCAACUCUGUGGAAGGUGUCAUAGUUUCGAGGGCAAACUUCAGCAUACAGAUAGACAUCCAAUCAAUGCAAGGGAUAAGCAUUCCUUUCACAAGGUUGAACUAGAAGGCGUACCCCAAGAUACUUAUGAUGAGGAUGAAACAAGACAGUGCGAAAUUUUAACCACUAGACUAGAAUUUUUAAAUUUUUGUGAGGGUAACCACUACCAAUUUGACACUCUUCGCCGGGCCAAACAUUCAACAAUGAUGAUCCUUUAUAAUUUACACAAUCCAGCACCACCUUUUUCUGAAUCCUCACACAAUGUUGGAAUGGAUAAUGCUCAGGGCAUGCUUUCCUCGUCCUCAUCCCCUAAUUGCCAAUUUGAUUCAGAUUAUCAUGAAGAAUGUAAUGGUCAACCUAAAUUGUGUCCGAACACUCGAAUGCAAAGCCCAGAGAUGCUUACUCUCAUGGAUGCCUUGCUCCAUGCUUCCAAGUGUGGCACUCGUACCUGCGCUUACGCGCAUUGCCAUCGCCUCAAAGUCCUCUUCCAUCACGGCGUCACCUGCAUCAUUCGAAAGCAAGGCGGCUGCAAACUCUGUGCAAAAAUGUGGCUUCUCAUUUCUUCGCACGCUCUUUACUGCCGUGACCUGGAAUGCGCCGUCCCUCGUUGCAAAGAUAUGAAAGGCUCAUUUGCACUAACUAGAGUCAGGUGUUCGGAGCGGGAAAUCAGACCGCUGCCGGAAACCGAUGUUUGUAUGACUGAUGCCUGAUCAUCAAGUCAUCACAAAAUCUUUGUACAUGCAAUUUUUCUCCAUUAAAUUUGGUUCUUUUGAGGUGCUGGAAGAGAGCAGAUAAGGCAAUUGUAUAGCCGCCAAAUUCCUAGUUUCUAAGGCUGGUUCCUGCCUCAUGAAGUAAUGAAAAGCCUGUGAAGAUCUUACCAUAGGUGAAAAGAUGACUGAUGAGCAGGGGCUCAAACCUUCCAUUCUUCUUAUAGUUUGAGCAAUAAGUCUAAGAGCCCAACUUGGUAGAAAACCAUGUUAGUGGUUGGGAGCUGAUUGCAUUUAUAUAUUGACUAAAGCAGUCAUAUUUGUUAAAGUUCUGCUGUUUGUUCUGUUCAAUUUCAUUAAAUUUCAGAUUCUUACAUCUUACUCCCAGUGUUGUUAUUUUCUCCUUUGUUUUGUUGCAUAUGGAUCUUGGAAUGACAGGCCUGUGUCUGACAUUUGCUUUAUUACAUAUC